AUGAAUGCGCUUCGUCAGCAGGUGCGAGAGCAGCAGGAGACGUUUGAGAACAUCCAACAGGAGCAGCCAGAUCAUGAGCAUUUGGCAUUGCGUGAAAUAGACUCUGUCCCAGACAGGGCUCAAUACGCUGGAGACACCCAAGAGGCCGAACAGGUCCCAGAGGCCGACGAAGCGACACAAUCCCUGAUCAGGAAUAUUAUAGCUUUGAUUACCUGCCUUGAAAGGCCCGUAGGGCUAGAUUGGCCCUCUCACGGAGGAUCUUCGUUCCGUGUUGCUUUUCCUAAAUUGAACCGGAAACUGGUGGGAGUUCUGGAGCGACCAGAUGCUCUUUUACUGUAUCUAGAUGGUGUUGUUAGGUGA